AUGGCCGGCUCCCAGCUCAAGCGACUCAAGUCUUCCCUCAGGGAGCAGGGAAUCGUUGGACCCCAAAAGUCCAAAAAGCAGAAACGCCAGUUCGCGCAAGAUGAAAAGGCCAAAACCGACAAGCGCCUGCAGAGAGGUGCGGCCCUCGGCCAGAUCAGAGAACAGUUCAACCCUUUCGACCUCAAGCACAACCCCAGAGGUCCCAAGUUCGAGGUCACGACCAACAGGCCUCAGACUGGUGCUGCGGCGAAAGGCAUUCAUGGCCGUCCAACCGAGGCCAAGUCUUUGGGCGAACAGAGACGCCGAGAGACUUUGCUAGUUGAGAUGCAGAAGCGGAACAAAGUCGGCGGAAUCCUCGAUCGUCGAUUCGGUGAAAACGAUCCGUCCUUGGCAGAGGAGGAAAAGAUGCUUGAACGUUUCGCCCGUGAGAAGCAGAGGACGCAUAAGAAGACGUCGCUCUUUGAUCUUGAAGAGACUGAGCCGCUCGGCGAAUUGACGCACAUGGGCCAAACUCUCAACUUCGAACACCACGCCGACAUGGCAGACGACUUCGACGAAGACGACCUCGGAGAAGACGACGACAGCGACUCUUCUUUGUCCGAGAAGAAGAGGCUCAAGCGACUCCGUAAUGCUGGACUGGGUGAUGACGACGAAGCAGCUGCAGAUGAGCCGGACAGGAAAAAGUCCAAGAAGGAGGUCAUGGAGGAGGUCAUUGCGAAAUCGAAGAUGCACAAAUACGAGCGCCAGGUCGCGAAGGACGAGGACGAGGACCUGCGAAUGGAAUUGGACAAGGAGCUGCCGAACCUCCACGCUCUCCUGAUGUCCCACGGCAAAUCCGAUGCGCAGAAGAAGGAGGAGGCAAGCAAGUUGAUUGCUGGAGUCGAUAAGACUACUUUCGACAAGGAGUUCGACUUGCGUCUCAAGAAGCUUGUUCAGGAUCGCCGAGCAGCUCCCACCGAGCGCACAAAGACCGACGAGGAGAUGGCGGCGGAAGAAUCAAAGAGGCUGAAGGAGUUGGAGGAGAAGCGCUUGAAGAGAAUGAGAGGCGAGUCUGUCUCGGAUGAUGAAGACUCGGACGAGGAGAUGGAGGACCAGGCCGCUGAGGAACCUGCUUUCCAGUUCAUUCCUGAAGAGGAGGACGAAGACUUUGGUCUCGGAAAGGGUAUCAAAACCAAGACUCGUCCUACUGCUACUGAGCUGGGCUUCGACGAUGAAGAUGAUUUCCUCAUUGAGGACGACUUGAUUGCCAGCGGCUCGGACCUGGAGCCUAUUGAGAGUGAAGAGGAGGAAUCAGACGAGGAAGAAGAGUACCAAGGGGACGAUUCCGAGGACGAUGAGUUCACAAAGGGACUGCUUAAUGAGGAGGAGACGAAGAGCUCUCUGUUCACCAACGCGGGCGGAAAGGGGGGCAAGAGCUACGAGGAGCUGCUAGCACUGUCGCAGAAAUAUCCCAGCGACAAGUUGCCAACCAUUGUUCAGCGCAUUCGAGCUUUGUACCACCCGAAGCUGGAUAGCAGGAACAAGGAGAAGCUGGGGAACUUUUCCCGGGCACUUGUGGACAUGGUUGGGAACGGCCCUCAUGAUGAGAACAGUCCGUCUUUCCAAGUACUGGAGAGUCUGAUUCGACACAUCCACUCUUUGGCCAAAAUGUUUCCGGUCGAAAUUGCGAACCAGUAUCGAUCUCAUUUGGAGGAGAUCAGCCAGCAGCGGCCUCUUGCUGUCCACGUGGGAGACCUGACGCUGCUGACUGCGAUCGGAUCAACAUUCCCUACGUCGGAUCAUUUCCACCAAGUUGCGACUCCUGCAAUGCUUACCAUCGGGCGUUACCUCGGCGGCAAGAUCCCACAAACGCUCAGCGACUACGCCAUUGGCAUCUACCUGUCAACUCUGGCGGUUCAGUACCAGCAGUUCUCGAAGCGAUACGUUCCCGAGGUCAUGAGCUUCUCUCUCAACACCCUGUGUGCGGUAGCUCCCUCGGCGGUUUCGAAGGUGUCUGGUAGCUUUCCUAUCCACGAGCCCGCAACGGGCAUUCGUGUCGCGAACGCGCGGAAGACGAAACUCCGACAGCUCUCGCCGGCCGACUGUGCCAUUGCAGAGGUGUCUGGCGCUGAAGCUGAGUCCAAGAAGACUGCUCUGAUAGGCACGACUCUUCAACUCCUCGGCGCUGCUGCCGACACUUGGACCGGAAAGCCAUCGUUCCACGAGACCUUCCAGCCCGCGCUUGACAUCGUCGCGCACCUGAGCAGCAAGUCGAGCCGUUCCAAGUUACCCGAAGCUUUAGGUGAGCAGCUUGACAAGUCUAAGCUCAAGCUGGAACGGAUGCUCAAAAUCGCACAACUCUCGCGACGACCGCUCGAGCUGCACCACCACCGUCCGUUAGCCAUCAAGACAUACAUCCCCAAGUUCGAGGACUCGUACGACCCGAACAAGCACUACGAUCCCGACCGCGAGCGUGCGGAGAUGGCCAAGCUGAAGAAGGAGCACAAGAAGGAGCGCAAGGGCGCAAUGAGAGAGCUGAGGAAGGACGCUCAGUUCAUGGCCCGCGAGAACCUGCGCAUGAAGAAGGCGAAGGACGAGGCGUACGAGAAGAAGUACAAGCGGCUCGUGGCGGAGAUCCAGAACGAGGAGGGCAAGGAGGCCAAUGCGUACGAGAGGGAAAAGGAGGGCAGGAAGAAGGCGAGACAUCGCUAG